CCAACCAUUUCAUUGACAAUAAUCAAGAUAUGAUAAGCAAUGAAGAACUAUUGAACAGUGUGGAUCAGACAAAUUCAAAUGAAGUUGAAGAAGAGACAUAUGAAUCAAGCGCUAUGGCACAACCAAGUAUAUUCUUUAGGAUUAAAGCUAGAUUAAUACCACAAAACAAAACUACAAGCUCAAAGAAUCUUCCAAUUGAAGAAAGGACACUCGAUCAGACAACAUGUAUAAGAUCUCUGUGUGGGGUUUUAAUGCAUAAAAUCAGCAAAGGUAAAAUAAUUUCCCAUAUUGCUGGUUUAGGCAAGGACACAAUAGUUCUGGUGAAGGGGAAAACUACAAUGGAAAGUAUAAUACUGGAUGAAAACUUUAAAGAAAAAAACAACUUUUGUAAAUGUGGAAAAUGCAGGUCUGUGGUAGUCACACAUGAUCGAUGUAUUAUAUUGCUGCACGAUGAAGGAAUUGAUAUCUACAAGGAAAAUGGAAAUUGGCAACGUAGGAUAGAACGUCCUAAAGGCCUUCGAUGUGUGAAUAUUGCUAUGAAUAAUUACUAUAGUGAACUUAUUGUUGCUGACACAAAAACAAACACAAUUGUGUACAUUGACUAUAACACUGGAGAGGUAAAUCAUAAAACCCAGGCCCAACCACCUAUAUUUGCUGAAUGCAGUGAAGGAGAAAAUAUCGCUGUCAACCAAAACAAUGAUCUCAUAGUGAGUUCUAUGGAAAAGAAGAGUGUUACUGGGUACAAUAGCAGGGGAGUUCAGAUAUUACAGUAUACUGGCGAGGGUGUAAAUAUGCUGUCAUCACCAGCUGGUAUAUGUGUGGACAAGAAUAACAACAUCAUAGUUGCAGACACAAAGAAAGAUAAUGUACAACUUCUUUCACAAGAUGGAACAUUCCAGAAAAUCUUACUUUCCAGUAGAGAAGGGUUACAGUGCCCAUGCAGUGUUGCAGUCACUAAUGAUGGGUACUUAUUGGUGGGUAAUAGAGUUGGAGAUAUCUUCAGAGUCAAGUAUUAAAUCUGUGAAGCUUAUUUUGCCAUUAUCAGGCAAAAUAACAGUGCCAAAUAAACAAGUACAUGUUAUAUAAAGUAAAUUCACAAGGUGUGUCCAAUUUAAGUCCAAUCAGAACACACUGUUUUACGCAUUUCAAUAAGGCAUUUGUUGUAUGAGUGCCAAGGUGUUAAUGGACUCACA